CAAAGAUGAAGGUGUUUUGACACCAAAAGGGGGUAGAAGGAGGCCCUGGAGAUUCCCAAAAAGUGAGCGGAAACUGUGAUUGAGCAUCCAAAUGAGCGUUUUUCAACUCAAAGGUUCCAUAAGAGUGCAUUAAGGUGGAUAAAAUGCAGAAUUCGUGGUGACGGUGAAUGCAUCGCAAUGGAGCUUUUUCGUGGCCGAUUUCUGGAAGACAACCAAUCUGGCGGGCGCUCGGGCCGCCUGCGGGCCUUUUGGUUUUGCGCGACCACAACACCCCGACUCCAAAAGCUGCACCGCAUCGCCCACCCACCGCCGUUUCACCCCCCAAGUGUUCGUCUCAUUUCACCGAUAUUCGUGGAGGGGCGUCUGGGCAUUGUUUGUGCCGAGUACAGUCGUCCAGAUCACCUUCGGUCGCAUUCUGUGGCGCGUCACCCUCCUGAGCGCCUUCCACAACGGAGCCGCGACACCACAGCCCCGGGUCACCAAAAGCCCGCACCGCAUCACCCUGAGCCCAACUAUUGCGGUUGCGGAUGCUAAUGACACUCUAUCUGCUGCCGAUGCCAUCCUUGUGUUGAGGUCUGAUACGAAGCGGUGUAAGUUGCCCUGCGACACUGCGCCCGCACCCCCUAGACUAUUCACUGACGGCAUGCGUCCAUAGACCUGCAUUCGCGCUAGAAUUCUGUCCCGCCGCAUUCACUCUC